CGUCGAAUGAUAUUCUUCUCAUUUCAUUUACUCUUCAUUAAUAUCAUAGCAUUGCUCAAUCUAAAUGAUCAUCCUCAUGGGUUUAGUAUCUCUCAGAAGCAACUUCUUAAAUAUGCUUUUCAUUUCAAAGUCGUUUCUUUCCACCAUCUUUCAAGUGUGAGAGCUAUUCUCCUUCUAUGGCUCUCUAUAUGGAAUGAUAGAGUUUAUCCAGUAAUUUAGAAUAAUCUAGAUAGGGUAAAUGCUGUAAGGAUCUUACAUAAACUCGUGACCUUUAGAACCUGAUUUCUCACUUAAAGAUGAAAUUUCUUUAACACAAGGAAAACGAUUUUUCUCUUUAUCACGUGCAGUGAAAACACUUUAUUCAUAGAUUUAUUCAGAGAUAUUUUUUCUUAGAAAAGGUCACUCUCUUUCUUCCUCGUCCCAUUUUACGGAGAUCUUGUAUCAUAUCUAGCAUCCAUAUUUCCUUUACUGAGAUUCAUCUAUUGCUGUGGUCUUUUCAUCCUCUGCUAAAUCUGUGCCUCAUUUUUCAUUUUUCUGACCAACCUUAACAUUUGUUAAAUCCAGAUUGUGAAGUCAGAGAACAUGCUUUCAUCCGAGGCUUCCCUUAAAUGGAACUCUGAGAAUACAGUUGGUUGUACCUCCCUCGUGUCUACUUCGAGUAGGGGCAAUCCGACUCUGAAGUCUUCUGAUGCAUUGAGGAGGGAGAUUGCCACACUUGAGGCUGAGAUAUCGCAUUUGGAGCGACAUCUUCUGCAACUUUACCGGACAGCUUUUGAAGAGCGACCAUCUGCCACAUCAAAUGUCCCUAAAAACCAUUUUAAUUUAAGACCACAAAUAGAGAGUAGCAAUUUAGUUUAUCAUGAUCAAACUUCUCCUGCACAUGGCUGGGCUAGUUCAGAUGAUCAGAGUUGCACCGAUAGUGUACACAUGACAUCAACAAGGGACCAGAAGAAUGCUUACUCUGGUCGUCGCAGCCUUGCAGAUCAUCUUGGUGCUUCUUGCUUACUCGACAGCCUUAAUACUCCAGAUAGACUCUCUGAAGAUAUAUUGAAAUGCAUAUCCUCUAUUUACUGCAGACUUGCCAACCCCACUCAUAGUCAUGGGGGUUUGUUAUCUUCUCCUCCUUCAUCUUUAUCAUCCUCAAGUAUAUUCUCUUCCCGCAAUCCCUGUGAUAAUUGGAGUCCACAAUACAGUGAGGACAAUAUAGUGCAUCAUCAAGGGUUGAAGCAAGAUGUUGGACCUUAUGCUGCAAUGAUGGAAGUUUUGAAGAUAUGCUUAGAUGAUGAUAGUUUCAAUUAUGCUGCUGUAAUGCUGAAAAAUUUCAGGUUGUUGGUUCGAAAUCUUGAGAAGGUGGAUCCAAGGAAGAUGAAGCGUGAAGAGAAGCUUGCUUUCUGGAUUAAUAUUCAUAAUGCAUUGGUCAUGCAUGCAUAUUUAGCAUAUGGAAAUCAUAAUCGUGUAAAAAGUGCCUCUAUUUUGAAGGCGGCAUAUAAUAUUGGUGGACACUGUGUAAAUGCCUGUGUAAUACAGAACUCCAUUCUUGGAAUUCGGUCACACUAUUCAGAACGGUGGCUACAAACACUGUUUUCUCCAGGAAGGAAAUCUAAGACAGGAAGCUCUAGUCAUGCCUAUGCUCUAGAAUACCCAGAGCCACUUGUUCAUUUUGCGCUCUGUUCAGGCGCAUAUUCUGACCCUGCAGUUCGAGUUUACACAGCAAAGAAUAUCUUUCAAGAAUUGAAGCUUGCUAAAGCAGAAUUCAUCCAAACUAGUGUCCAUAUUCAUAAGGAGGCAAAGAUCUUCCUGCCAAAAAUACUUUGUUACUUUGCGAAGGACACGUCAAUAGAUAUGUAUGCGCUGUUGAAGUCAAUAAGUGGGUGUCUCACUGAAGCGCAACGGAGAGCUGUGAGUAAAUGCAUGAAGAGAAAGGUGGACAAGCACAUCCAUUGGAUACCACAGAGUUCAACCUUUCGGUAUGUCAUCCGUGGGGAAUUUGCCAAAGGGGGAUAAAUUGUGUGAUCUGCCCCAUCUAUUUAUUCUAAUACAAUCUUUUUCAAGCAUAAUAAGGUUCAAAUGUUAAGCUGUACAAAAGUAAUGGAGUGAUUUUGAGUAUCUUAAAGGAAAUGUGAAAUUAAGAACAAUUUGUUUGCGGAUGUAUAUGUUGUAAUGUAAUGUAAUGUACGAAUUGUCUGAAAGGAUAAUGCAUAAAAGAUUACAUGUGUUGAGUAGA